UCGCCUCCCUUCUCCCACCCCUCUCCACUCCGAGCCCUGCCUCGCCGCUGAGGCUCUGCUUCGCCGCCGACCUCCUUCGCCCGUUCAACGCGCAUUGGCGCACGAAGACAAGAAACUUCCGCGCUGCGCCCCUCACCGUCGACCGCCGGGAAGCCGUCCUCUCGCGCUCGAAAGCAAGAAGGGUUCUUGGCUGCCAGCCUUGGCCAAGAACGCAAGAACCGACUCAAGAACGCCAUGAGGCGUGCGGAGGAGCCAGGGGAGCACCAGGGCGCGCCAGCUCGGUGGUGGUGGUGGCUGGCCUCGUCGCCGCGGCGCUGGCUCCGGUUCGUGCUUGUUCGGCGAUGGCGGCGGCGGUGGUGGUGGGUGGCCUCGCCGUCCCCGAUGCAGGAGGAAGCACCGGAGGCGAGUGGAUACGACGCAGCCGCCUCCCCACACAACGACGUGCUCGCCGCCGCCCUUCUCAACGGGUCGUCGCCAGCGCAUCUCCCUGCUCUCGAGGCCAACCUCGCCGCAUCGCUCGCCGGCGUGGAAUCCUCGGCAUCCACGCCAUCGCUGCCCCUGCUACAGGAGGGAGCACCGGGGCGCAGUGAUCACGGCACAGCCGCCUCCACGCGCAGCGACGCAUCCUCCCCAGCGCCUCUCCCUGCGCUCGGGGCCAACCUCGACGCAUCGCUCGCCAGCGUGGAGUCCUCGGCAUCCACGACCUCAGCGCUCCUGCUGCGGGAGGGAGUAGCGGAGGCGAGUGAGCACGGCACGGGCGCCUCCCUGCACAGCGACGUGCUCGUCGCCGCCGUCCUCAACGAUUCCCCGCCGUGCCAUCCGCAGGAGGGACCCAAGGCGAGUGGUCAUGGUGUGGCUGCGCCCCAACACACGGACCCGACCUCGCCUUCACCGCCGGAUAGUUGCGACGGCACGAUCAUCUCUCUUGAGGAGGAGGUGGCAGUGGUGGUAGAGCAGUUGAGUGGCCACAGGGUGGCUGCAUCCCAACACACGGCCCCGACCUUGCCUUCACUGCCGGAUAGCUGCGACGGCGCGAUUAUCUGUCUUGAGUCUAGUGAUGUUGACUGA